AUGAAAUCUUUUGUUUUAACUAUUUUCUUUGAGCGACGACUUGCGGUUUUCAGCCGAUCAACAGCCAUUCAUCGAAUGGCAGCAUUGACCCGAUAUGAACUUGUGGACAUCGGCGCCAAUCUCACGCAUCCAUCCUUCAAGGAUGAUCUAGAAGAUGUGAUCAAUAGAGCGAAACAGGCUGGUCUUUGCAAAAUAAUGCUAACGGGAACUUCCGAAAAAAUCAGCAAAGAAAUCAGUAAGAUCGCCGAGAAACACCCGGGUUAUUUGUAUUUCACAGCAGGUGUUCAUCCACAUGAUGCCAAGGAUUUUAAAGAAUCAACAGCUGCUUGUUUACGCGAUUUACUGAAACAUCCACAAUGUGUGGCAGUUGGGGAAUGCGGCCUCGAUUACAAUAGAAACUUUUCACCUCCAGAAGUUCAAAGAGAAAUCUUCAAAAAGCAAGUUGAAUGGGCUGUUGAAUUGAGGAAACCAUUGUUUAUACAUGAACGAGAAGCCUCUUCAGAUAUGUUGAAUAUCCUGUCGUCAUUUGGUGAUCAACUUCCCUUUGUUGUUAUACAUUGUUUUACUGGGACGGUUGACGAAGCCAAAGUAUAUCUUGAGAAGGGGUAUUACAUUGGAUUAACCGGUUUUUUAUGGAAAGAUCGCUCAACAAAUGGAGUACAACAUGGUCUUAAAACUGGUGAGCUACCACUUGAUCGACUACUUCUUGAAACGGAUGCACCAUUUAUGUAUCCCAAAGUUAACGACAAGAAAAUACCACAAGAAGUUCGCCAGAAGUUAACACAGUCUGCACUUGAUCUGCAUAAAUUUUCGUCGUUCAACCGAAACGAGCCUUCCUCUUUGCCUGCUAUUUGCGAGUUGAUUGCCGCUUUUAUGGACAAGAACCCGGUCGAAGUUGCCAAAAUUACCACCGAAAAUGCAAAAAGGAUCUAUGGUCUACAA